GGCUGCUGCUGCUCGUUCUGCUGGUACCAAGGUCGGAGGUGGCGAGCAGACCCACUUUCUUCCGGCCUCCCCUGCUUGCUCGCGAAGUUUAGGAGAGGGCUCGGGUCGAUCCCGCACAGACCCAACCCCUCACCCCACGCAGCAGCGCCCAUCCCUCCUCGUUUAUUACCGCGGGUCGGGUCCCUACAUCCCAGCCAUGGCGCAGCUCCAGACGCGCUUCUUCACCGACAACAAAAAAUAUGCAGUAGACAAUGUUCCCUUCUCUAUCCCUGCGGCCUCUGAAAUCUCUGAUCUUAGUAACAUUAUCAAUAAAUUAUUGGAAGCCAAAAAUGAAGUCCACAAAUAUGUGGAGUUUGAUUUCCUUAUUAAGGGUCAGUUCCUGCGAAUGCCCUUGAUUAAGCAUAUGGAACUAGAGAACAUCUCAACAGAAGAAGUAGUGGAAAUUGAGUAUCUGGAGAAAUAUAUCGCACCACAGCCUGAAGAAUGUAUUGUCCAUGAUGACUGGAUCAGUUCAAUUGAAGGAACAGCAGAAUGGAUCUUGACUGGCUCCUAUGACAAGACAUCUCGGAUCUGGUCUCCAGAAGGAAAGCCUCUCAUGACAAUUGCUGGACAUAGGGAAGUGGUAAAAGAUGUUGCCUGGGUGAAGAAAGACAGGCCAUCGUGCCUGCUUCUCACUGCCUCUAUGGACCAGACCAUCCUCUUGUGGGAGUGGAAUGUGGAGAGGAACCAAGUGAAAGCUCUUCACUGCUGCCGAGGCCACGCUGCAAAUGUGCAAUCUGUCGCUGUCAAUAGCACAGGGACUAAAUUUUGCAGUGGCUCUUGGGAUAAGAUGUUAAAGAUCUGGUCUGCGGUCCCUUCAAAUGAAGCAGAUGAAAUAGAUGAUCCCACAAACAAGCCUAGAAAGAAACAGAGAACAGAGCAACUGGGAUUAACAAGGACUCCUAUCGUUACUUUGUCUGGCCAUAAUAAUUCAGUUUUCUCAGUGCUUUGGUCAGAUGCUGAUGAAGUUUGCAGUGCAUCGUGGGACCAUACGAUUAGAGUGUGGGAUGUUGAAACUGGCCAUAUUAAGUCAACUUUGACUGGAAAUAAAGCAUUUAACUGUAUCUCCUAUUCCCCACUUUGUAAACGUUUAGCAUCUGGGAACUCUGAUAGACAUAUCAGGUUGUGGGAUCCCCGAACUAAAGAUGGUUCCUUGGUGUUAUUAUCCUUAACCUCCCAUAAUAACUGGGUGACAUCAGUUAAAUGGUCUCCCACACAUGAACGGCAACUAAUUUCAGGUUCCCUGGAUAACAUGGUCAAGCUUUGGGAUACAAGAAGUUGCAAGGCCCCCCUCUAUGAUUUGGCUGCUCAUGAAGAUAAGGUUUUUUGUGUAGAUUGGACAGAAGAAGGGCUGCUGUUGAGUGGAGGAGCUGACAAUAAACUAUACUCUUACAAAUAUCCAGUCACUGCUUCAGAUGCAUGAAAAUGGAUGGUGAUUCAACAUCAGAGAUUAUCUAUUAGGAUAUUAAACAUAAAAAAUCGUUGAUUAUAUAGCAUAGAUCUGAAGAUCAUUGUCUUCAUCAGCCAGCCUUUUACAUUUAUAAUAUGCAAAUCUAGGUAUUUAUAAAAAGUGAGUGUGAGCAGCUCUCUUCACUGUGUUAAGAACUUCCUGAAAUAACAUUCCUUCACAAAUAUUUUGGCUUUGAAGAGCAUAAAAAAGGACUACAAAGUUUAUAAUAAAUAUAAAGCAAUCGACUUUAUGGAUCCUGAUUUAUUCCGUGGGAAAAGUUUCUUCUUUUAACUCAAACUACUGGAAAAUGCCAUAUUAAAAAGAUGAAUGAAAUUAAAAAUAGAGAAAGUGCUUUACUAUUAUGCUUUUAAUUAACUGGAUGAUGUCUUUGUAACUCACUUGUCAUCCAGUGAUUAUGAGAAGGGACACUUUUCAGAUAGCAAGUAGCAGGUGUUUGAAACACAGAAAAUCAUGAACCUUGCCAGUCUAAGAAGAACUCAUUUGAACAUUCUAGCUGGAUACCCUGCUGCCAAGAAAUGGUAAAAAGUUGUCUGACGUGCACUACAAAUGGAUCCUAAGAUGUCUUUCAUUAUCAGAAUAUGACUUCAAGGAAAUGUACCUUGUCUUUAGAACUCUCUUGCUUCCUCCCCCUACAUGUGAAAUAAGACUUGGUUCUUCCUUAAAAUUCAUUAGCUGCUGGAGGAAAUCACCAAACUAUACUUUGAUUUGUUCAUAGCCAUUUGUUUAGUGACCAUGCUUUAGUAA